AUGCAGUGGCUACUUGGCGCGGCGCAAGCUGUGAAGGACGCGGCGCAGCCCUCUUCCAUCAUUGCAGGCCGAAGGGUGCACCAGGAGCGGCUGCUUGCCGAUGGAGGCUUCGCUUACGUCUACGCCGGCUUUGAUGCAGAGACGGGCGAGAAGCUGGCCAUUCGCAGAGUUCUACUUCAAGACAAGGACACCUUGGAGAAGGCAAACAUGGAGAUCGACUUGUUAAACAGCCUUUGCGACCACCCACAUGUUGUGCGGUUUCUGGGGGCCGAGAUCACGAAGAAUGGCAACACCAGCGAAGCAGUCUACUUGUUUGAGUUGUGCACUGGUGGCACACUACUGGCACAAAUUGAGAAGGUGAUAGCUGCGGCGCCCAAGGGUGAACAUCCAUUUCAGAACUGCUGCCCCUGCCUUCGAGAGGAUGUCAUUGUGGAAGUUCUUGGAGCUCUUGCUCAGGCUCUUGCCUAUUUAAGCCGCUUGGGACUGAUCCACUACGACGUAAAAAGUGAGAACGUUCUCCUCGGUUCAGACAAUUUGUGGAAGUUGGGUGAUUUUGGCUCUGCUAGUGAGAGGUCCUUCGACCUAGAUGGUGCGGACAAGAAGCUGCUGCUUGAUGCACAGGAGUUUAUUCAUGGCCGCUGCACGCCUAUGUAUAGAGCGCCCGAAUUGGCAGACGUGUACCUGAGAUGGAAGAUUGGACCCAAGGUGGACAUCUUUGCUUUGGGCUGCAUUCUGUUCGCGACGAUGACAGCACAGCAUCCAUUUCCCAUGGAGUCCACUUGCGCGAACAUCACAGCCAGCUACCGAUUGCCCGCAGAUGCUGCCAGUUGCUACGCUCCAGCACUGCUCCGUUGGCUUCCUCGUUUGCUGGCCAGAGAACCUGCUAAGCGUCCCUCUGCUGUCCGUCUCGCAGCAGAGGUGGAGCGCUUUCGAAUCCUGGGCGAAGACCCAAACGACGACCUCCAGCCGGAAGUGCAGGUGCACGCGAAGCAGGAGAAACAGCCGAAGGACGAAGGCGUCGCCGAGGCUGCUUUUGCGGACUUUGCGACGUUCGCACCCAUGGAACCUGUGUCCUUGCUGGAGGAGCAGCUUCGCUCAUCAAGGCUACAUCAGGACCAACUCCGGGAGGCCAUGCGGACGCAGCACUCACAGCUGGCCGACGCCCAGCAGCAGUUGCGUGAGCAGCUGCGGGCGGAUGGCGAGCGGCAAAUGAGGGAGUGGGAGCUGGACGCUGCGAAGAGAGCUGUGGAAGCUGAGCUUCGCAACAUGUCGGCAGAGGCACAUCAGCUUCGUCUGGAGCAGCGCUCAAUGCAGGAGCAGCUCGCAAUGGCCCUUGACAGUCAGCAGCGCGCAGAGUGCACCGCCGCUGCGGCCGCCGGCAGCGCGGCCUCACUCUCAGCGGCAGAGGCUCGGCUGGCUGACCAGAACAGUGCGGUGACUACGCUAAGGCAGCAGCUGGCAACGCUGGCAGGCAUGCGCGGCUCCGAGGCCGUUGCUGUGAGCAGAGGUGUGCUUGCCGUGGCAUACGUCUCUGUGGCCAGCAGUCUACCGACAAGUCCGGGGGCAUUGGUUGCAGUGGAGGGGCUCUCCCAGCGCCUUCGGGCGGCAUGCCGCCAGUGUGGUCGAGUUCUCGAGCAGCAGCUGCAAUCUGUCCAUGCCCUUUCGUGGACUGAGUCUGGGCCGACCCCGUUGGACAUCGACUGGGAGGCCGUGGAAUCGAAGACGCUUGAAGAGCUGGGUUCGACUGCUUUGCCAGACCUGGGGCUUGCAACCCUUUGCAACUUGCAGCCGGAGUCCGAAGGAAAUGACCUCACACAAGAAAUGAAUGCGUACGAGACUGGAAAGAUUGAAGACGCCUUUCGCAAGCCAAGUGCAGAUCCAAGCGGGACUGAGUCUGCAUCUGGCAUGAAGGCGGCGCCGGCUGCGGAGAAGUUACUGCAGGACGAGGUGAAGCAGCAGAGCAUAGAGCUCGACAGGCUUCGUGCCGAAGUUCGGUCAUGCCAGCAGCAGAUCCACACGGAGCGGACCGUGUCAGACGAUCUGCGGGAACAGCUGCACACACAGCAGGCAGGAGAUGAAGAACUCCAUCUCCUGCGAGAGCAGCUGCGAGAAGAGCGCGAGCGAAGAGAAGCGUUGGAAAGCUCCAAGGCAGAAGAAACGACAGAUGCGCCGGCUGCGGAGAAGUUACUGCAGGACGAGGUGAAGCAGCAGAGCAUAGAGCUCGACAGGCUUCGUGCCGAAGUUCGGUCAUGCCAGCAGCAGAUCCACACGGAGCGGACCGUGUCAGACGAUCUGCGGGAACAGCUGCACACACAGCAGGCAGGAGAUGAAGAACUCCAUCUCCUGCGAGAGCAGCUGCGAGAAGAGCGCGAGCGAAGAGAAGCGUUGGAAAGCUCCAAGGCUUGCCUGCCCGAUGAUCUGGGCACACCCCUGCUGGUCAGUCGGCAAGUGUCAGAUGCGCCCCAGUGCAACGGCCACCAAGCGGCGACAUCACAGCAAGAGGAUCUGGCAGAGUGGACUCCCGGGGAUGCAAGCUUGCAUCAACCGGAGGUGCAAGCAGACAGCGCCGUCAGACGAUGCUCCACGCACGAGCCCGAAGCAGCCGAGCAAGAAGCAUCCCCCUUUCAAGAGCGCAGCACAGCAGAGUUGAUUUCAGGGCCGAAGGUGGAACAACAUGAAGAAGAACGGCACGGGAGGUCAAGUGCAGAAGCGACUGGCGUAUCUGGCGUUCCUGCGGUGCAAAAUGGAGCAUCGACUCAUGAGGAGUCCAGCACGAGCACAGACAGAUCACCACAAGCUCCGGAGAGAGUCCCUCCAGAGCCAGAUGUUCCUCAUGAGAAGCAACAAAGCAAGGAGCAACUUCACCUGUCAGAUGAAAAAGGGCAAGAACAGUUGCCCGAGGGUGAGGAGGAAAAGAAGAGGACAUCCGAGAUCCGAGAAAGCUCGAAAACGACUGAAAGGGCGGAGACGCCAGAGGCCUCCCUAUCCAUCUGCUCGUAA